AUGCAGUGUGUCUCUACUGUUACUUACUCCUUCCUCAUUAACGGCUCGCCUAGAGGAAGAGUCACACCGAGUAGAGGUAUCCGUCAAGGAGACCCUCUCUCACCAUACAUCUUUAUCUUGUGUAGUGAGGUUCUCUCGGGUCUAUGUAACAAAGCGCAAGAGGAAGGAACCCUUAAAGGGGUCCGUGUAGCACGAGGGUGUCCUCGUCUCAACCAUCUCCUCUUCGCCGACGACACAAUGUUUUUCCUUAGAGCAAGCAAGGAAAAUGGCGAGGCUUUAUGCCGAUUACUGAAGCGAUAUGAGGAGGCUUCCGGGCAGUCAAUCAACACAGAAAAAUCUUCGAUUAACUUCUCUCGGCACGCACCGACAGCUCUCAAAUCAGCUAUCAAGGAUGCUCUUUCGAUCCAGAAAGAGGGAGGUACCGGCAAAUACCUCGGACUCCCAGAGCUGUUUGGAAGGAAUAAACGAGAUCUUUUCUCAUCUAUUGUGGAUCGAAUAAAGCAAAAAGCUUGUGGCUGGUCAAACAGGUUCUUAUCUACUGCGGGAAAUAUGACUAUGCUCACCAGUGUAUUAUCUCCCAUUCCAUCGCACGCCAUGUCCUGUUUCCAGUUGCCGAUAUCUCUGUGCAAGAGAAUUCAAUCAACUUUGACUCGAUUCUGGUGGGACACAAACAUAGGAGAUAAGAAGAUGGCUUGGAUUGCUUGGUCUAAGCUGGUGCAACCGAAAGAUAGUGGAGGUUUAAACUUCAGAGAUAUACAGAGUUUUAAUGAAGCUUUCCUCGCAAAGCUGAGCUGGAGAAUCAUCAACCAUCCCGACAGCCUACUUGGAAGAGUUCUACUUGGAAAAUAUUGCAGUGAUGAGAGCUUCUUAGAAUGCUCAGAAAAAACUGCUAUCUCGCAUGGCUGGCGUGGAGUUUUGAUUGGACGCGAUAUCAUUGUCAACUCCGCAGGAUGGGAAGUAGGCAAUGGCUCCAGCAUCAACAUCUGGGAAAAACCAUGGCUCAGUUGCUCUACACAGCUGAGACCCAUGGGACCACCACCGAGAGAAUUCUCACAUCUCACAGUGUCUGACCUCAUGCUCCCGGACCGGAAUGAAUGGGAUAUUGGGAUGAUCCAGCGUGUGCUCCCUUUUGAGGAACAGAGAAUUUUAGCCAUUAAGCCAAGCUUAACCGGGGCUCCGGACAAACUCUCAUGGCUGAGCACUGACACAGGAGAUUACUCUACCAAAACCGGCUAUGCUGCAGUCCUUUCUUCUCGAACCGCAGAGGAUACAGUAAGCACGGAGGAUGCAUCCUACGACUGGAAGAAGAAUGUUUGGAAAAUUCAAACAACACCAAAGAUCAAGCUGUUCAUCUGGAAAGCGCUUCAUGGGGCGCUACCUGUGGGCGAAGCUCUCAAAUCCCGGGGAAUCAACACCACUGGACAGUGCAAACGAUGUAAUCUACCUGAAUCUAUUGAUCAUCUGCUUUUUCAUUGCGACUUUGCUAGACAGGUAUGGGAAACAGCCCCUGUCUCCCCAAGCAUUGAAUACAGUGGAUCCAUAGAUUUAAGGAGCAACUGGAGCAGCUUCUGCUCAAGGAAAAACUUGCCACCGACUGGAGUUUCUACAGGAGCCCUUGCCCCUUGGAUCGUUUGGCAACUUUGGCUAGCUCGUAACAAGUUAGUUUUUGAAGGAAAGAUCAUCACGGUAGAGGAAACUAUAUCCAGAGCAACCGCUUGCGCCCGAGAAUGGAUAUUUAGCCAAUUUCAGCUGGCUGCAACAAAACAAGCACUACCACCCAGACCCCCGCUUCAUGACUGCGUUUUGGUGAGAACCGAUGCUGCCUGGAACGAGAAUUUAAAAAUUGCAGGGCUAGGAUGGACAACUAAUCGAGAGGGGAGAGUCUCCCCUUUCUCGACCACUGCGCAGCAUGUUGAGUCCCCUCUUGCAGCAGAAGGUCUGGCGAUGAGGGAAGCCCUCCUAAAGUGCAGAGAAAUUGGCCUCCCCAAGCUUAGAUGUGAGUCGGAUUCGGCGAUCCUAAUCAAAGCUAUUAACUUGCGCUCCCCUCUAGUUGGUUUGUAUGGCAUUUUAGCUGACGUUUAUUCUAUUGCCUCUUCUUUUGAAUCCAUCUCGUUCACCUGGAUCUCGCGUGAGAGAAACAGUGUAGCGGAUGGACUGGCGAAGAAUGUUUUAUCUUCGGAGCUGGCCAUUAUGGCAGCAACAAACUCUGUUUCGAACGUUUGA